AGUUCUGACAACUGGUGAUUUUUCAAUAGUAACAGUCCAUACUUGAUUUAGAAGAGUACUACCAUAGAUUAAAUAUCUCUUCAUUGCUAUAUAUAUAAACACCUAUAUAGUGGAACCUGAAGCUACCAUAGAUUCACUGCUAUAUGGUUCCAUAUCAGGAAUUUCCAGUUCCAGAACAAAACUAUCAUUCAUGGCAGUGAAGGAAAUUAACAAAACAAGGACCCAAAAUACUACUCAACAACAACAACAACAACAUCCACAAGAAGAAGGGUGCGAUCCUUGCAAAUCUUUUGGCCAAAAGUGCAGUCACUUGGUCAAGAAACAGCGUGCCAAAUUCUACAUUCUUCGCCGGUGUAUCGCCAUGCUGUUAUGUUAUCAUGAACGUUCUGACCACUGAAAAUUCAAGGUAGCUAGCUAGCUUCAACAAGUUAGGAGAUUCAUGUAAUUGUGUUAUUGUCUUUUUUAAGGUUGUAACAUAAAUUAAGAACCUUCUAUGUUUUUUUAAUUAUGUUACUAUAGUUUUUGUUAUAGGGUUUGCAUUAAAUCACUACAUGCAGAUGCUAAAAUGUGAAUGAGAUUAGAUCUAUUUCAAUUUUCUAAA